AUGAAAUGGUUUUUGCUUCUAUCGCAUCUUUCUCUGGCGGUCGCCGGGUCGAAGAAGCCCCUGGUUUCGACGGACGAGCUCAUGGAUCAUAUCAAAUUGAGUGAUUUGUUGAAGGGAACCCAGCGGCUAGAGAACUUCGCCUAUUCGCAUCCCGAACGCAAUCGUGUCUUCGGCAGUAAGGCGCACAACCAGACAGUCGACUACCUCUAUAAUGAGCUGAAGAAGACUGGCUACUACGACGUGUACAAGCAGCGCCAGGUGCACACCUGGACUAAGUCAACGGCCUCCCUGUCAACCGCUGGCACUGCUUAUAACGUCUCGGCGAUGACCUACAGCCCUAGCACUGAUGUGACUGGGGAUCUUGUGGUUGUGGCUAAUCUGGGCUGCUCCGCCGACGACUACCCUGCAAGCCUGGCCGGCAAGAUUGCCCUCGUUAGCCGUGGAGAAUGUUCCUUCGCUGAGAAGUCGGUGCUUGCGUCUGCUGCCAAGGCCACCGCUGUUUUGGUCUAUAACAAUGUCCCUGGCUCCCUUGCCGGAACCUUGGGUGGUGUCACUCCCGAGAAAGGCACUUAUGCACCCAUUGGAGGUAUUUCCCAAGCUGACGGCCAGGCUUUUGUGGAAUCCGCCGGCAAGGGCACUGUGACAGUGACCCUUAAGAUUGACAGUCAGGUGGAAGACCGUGUGACAUUUAACGUGAUUGCUGAGACCAAGGAGGGUGACCACAACAAUGUCGUGUCUCUGGGGGGUCACACUGACUCCGUAGAGGCUGGCCCUGGUAUCAACGAUGAUGGUUCCGGUAUCAUCGGCAACCUUGUCGUCGCCCGCGCGCUGACCAAAUAUCGCGUCAAGAAUGCUGUGCGUUUCUGCUUCUGGACUGGCGAGGAAUUCGGUCUUUUGGGAAGCGAGUACUACACCUCCAACCUCAGCCAGGAGGAGUUGGCCAAGAUUCGCCUGUACCUCAACUUGACAUGA